AUGGUGUCGUCCAUGAGCUUUGGGCUUCCAAAGCGGAAGAAGGCGGCUCCGUUGGCUACCCCAUCAGGUGCCAUCGCCGGAGGAAGCGCGGCUGUGCCAGUUCCUGACAACGAGCCUGAUUGGGAUCGCUUGGAUGGUCUGGUCAUGUUAAUCAUCGACGAUCGGCAAGAGCUGAUCGAAGUGGAUCCCGAGUUGGGUCCGAAAGUCUACAAUGCCACGGGCGAGAGCAGCUUCUUCAGCCUGAAGAAUUUGGUGUCAAAUAGCACCUUAGAGGUGCCCCAGAAACAAUGGAAGGACUAUACCUCUUCCGAAAGAAAAGUGGCCUGCUACAUGGCUGCGAAGCGCAACAAGUACUUUCGCGCUUCCGGUGGGCAGCAGUCGGUGGAAGAAUUGCUUGCAAAGCAGGAGGCCGCAAAGAAGGAAGAGGAGGAGUUGAUCAAGCAAUUAGAGGAGCGCUGCGAAGUGGAGCGACGGAAGCCACCGGUGGUGUGGACCUUCAUCGGCCUGGAAGUCGUGAGCGAAAACCACAAGAAGAAGUCGGCCGGGCUGUUUUAUGGCUUGGAGUUUCCAUGGACCGCUCAGAUGCUGGGCGAGUUCGGGGCCAAAUGGCUGACGGAGGCCUUUCAUCGGGCAGGUACGCUAGAAAGAACGAAUCGGGUGACAUCGUUGAAGAUCGAGGACACCAAGGUGACUGGUGGAAACAAUGCCGGGAAAUUCCUCCUCAGCGUCAAGUACGCCAAAGAGAGGGAGGGGCUUCACACAAAGCUUUUCGCCAAGAUUCCUCACCAAAUGACGAAAGACACCAAGCAGGAUCGCUUGAGCAGCUCGGUGCUGAAGCAGCCCAUGGAUUUCUGUGAGAUCAACACCUACAGGUUGGUGGAGACCAAGUUGCCGACUCCAACUCCAAAGUUCUAUUAUGGAGACAUCAGCAACGAAACCACCAACUACAUCCUCAUCACCGAACGAGUGCCCUAUGUGGGCGUGGGCAGGAAGAAGGGGCAAAUCAAGCCCUUUGAGGUCGAGGGGCCCUAUGACAAGUGCAAAGACUACGAACUGAACGGUGACCCCAAGGAGUACUACACCCUCAUCAUGGAGGUCAGUGGAAAGAUCGCCGGGGCGGACAAGUCUGGAAGGCCAUCGCCGUCACGCACCACGGUGAUUUUGGGGCAAUUUGGGUGCUUGUUUACACCCUCAGCACGUACUUGCUGGUGUUGCUAG